UGCAAUUUUGCUGGGAGCCUGGGACGCUGAGUCAGACCCCCACCGAUGGCGUCCGAAUCCUCCCCGCCCCCGGCGGGGGCGCCACCGCCUGGUCUGGGAGACAAGCUAGCGGUGUUCUGGGACGAGGGCAUGCUGGCCCACGACGCCGGCCGCGGCGUGUUCGACUCGGGCCGCGACCCCGGAUUCCUGGAUGUGCUCGACCAACACCCGGAGAACGCCGACCGCGUCCGCAACAUGGUCUCCAUCCUCCGCCGCGGGCCCAUCGCGCACUUCCUCUCCUGGCACUCGGGCCGCCCUGCCCACGCCUCCGAGCUCCUCUCCUUCCACUCCUCAGAAUACAUAGAGGAGCUCGUCCAGACGAACGCCACCGGAGCCAAGAAGAAGCUCUGUGAGGGCACGUUCUUGAACCCGGGCUCCUGGGGUGCGGCGCUUCUAGCGGCCGGGACCACGCUCUCCUCCGCGAAGCACAUACUAGACGGGCAGGGGAACCUGGCCUACGCGUUGGUUCGCCCCCCUGGCCACCACGCGCAGCCCGACCACGCCGAUGGCUACUGCUUUCUGAACAAUGCCGGACUUGCUGUGCAACUGGCUCUGGAUUCCGGGCGCGCAAAGGUCGCCGUUGUGGAUAUUGAUGUGCACUACGGGAAUGGCACCGCGGAGGGCUUCUAUCGGACAGACACCGUGUUGACGAUGUCUCUUCACAUGAUGCAUGGUUCUUGGGGGCCAUCGCAUCCGCAGAGUGGCUCCGUCGAUGAGAUUGGUGAGGGCAAGGGGCUUGGGUACAAUCUCAAUAUACCUUUGCCUAAUGGAAGUGGAGAUGCUGGGUAUGAAUAUGCGAUGAACGAGUUGGUUGUUCCAUCGAUUGAUAAGUUUCAGCCUCAACUGUUGUUUCUUGUGGUCGGCCAAGAUUCCAGUGCGGAAUAUAUGUGGGCGAUGAUAAGGUGAUCCAUUUCACAAGAGGAAGAGGACAGGAGGUCGGAACAGGAACUGUCGUCGAUAUUAUUCUUGUGAGUUCCACCCCAAAACGAAGCAACACGCCUUGCCCGGUGUGCACCGACGAAACCAGCGACAGCAGCACAGAGACGAACGGCGUGGUAUCCUCCUGCCUCAGCUGCUUCCUAGCUGGGGGUGCUCUCUACCGUUUCGAGUACGCAGUCAACCCGGCGCUCUUCCUCGCCAAAGCGCGAGGAGGGACGUGCACGCUCGCUCCCUCUGACCCUGACGACACGGUGGCUCGCCGCGCCAGAUACCUGCUGAGCAACGGUUUCAGGUGCUACAACCUGUUCAAGAGCAACUGCGAGGACUUCGCGAUAUACUGCAAGACUGGCCUUCUUGUCGCUGAGCAGGGCGUUGUCGGGCAGAGCGGGCAGGCUAUCUCCAUCAUCGGUGGACCUCUCGCCGCGGUGGUCUCGACCCCAUUCCGCUUGGUUACCACGAACAUCUACGGGAUGGCGGUGAUGGCCGUCGGGGUGUACUGCGCGAGCAGGUAUGCAGCUGAUAUUGGCAACCGCCGUGAUGUGGUGAAAAUGGAAGUCGAGGACCUGACGGCCGGACUGGCCAGCGGCAGGAUAUGUGCUGUGGAGAACAUCGCCCAGCUGGUGGCUCCGGAGGCAGAAGGCCCGGCCGAUGCCACGGCCACGGCCACGCUGGCUGCUUAACGGACCAUUGUGCCAUUGUUGCUGUGAGAGAGAUGUGCGUCAGCCAACAUGUGUGCUAUUGCUUUGGCUUAUUUGUGUUCAGAAUCCACUUAAACUCGGUCGAAGUGAGCUUUCCGUUCGGCAACGUCUGUACUCUUACGAAUCUCGAUCGUGUAUGUCUUUAAGUAUUGUGUUGUGUUUCAAAGAUAAAAAAAGGUGACCUUUGUGU